AUGACCGGCAACGAAAGCGACGAUGAGCCUCUAGUGCUCUCCUCCCACGCGCUCGAUGCACUCAAGGAUUUCUAUGCCGAGAGAGACGCGCACAACAAGAAGUUCGCCGAGCUGCAGUCUGCGGCCGAGGCCCGGGCGGCCGCCGGUGGAGCGCCGCAGCAGCCGCUGAGCAUGGAGGCGUUCACGGAGGACUGGAACGAGUCUCAGUUUUGGUAUUCCGACGAGACGGCACGUCUGCUCGCAGGCCAGCUCCUCGAGGGCGCCGGGCCGGAGGACACGGUCGCCGUGGUCUCGGCGCCGAGCGUGUUUGUCGCACUCAAGAACCUGGUGGCUGAGAGGGGUCCGGACGCGCCCGCGCCGCCAAAGAUGGUGCUGCUCGAGCACGACAACCGGUUCGCCGUGUUUGGGGACGAGUUUGUGUUUUAUGACUUUGUCGAGCCGUUCAAGCUGCCCGGGAACCUCAAAGGCGCAGUCACGAGAAUCAUCUGCGACCCGCCCUUCCUCAGCGAAGACUGCCAGACCAAAGCCGCCAUGACCGUCCGCUGGCUCGCCAAACCCUCCCCCACCCUUUCUUCCUCCUCCUCCUCCACCUCGCAGAACCGCCUCGUCGUCUGCACGGGCGAGCGCAUGGAGGAGCUCGUCACGCGCCUGUACAAGUCCUUUGGCGUGCGGACGACGACCUACGAGCCCGUGCACGCCCGGGGCCUGAGCAACGAGUUCUACUGCUACGCCAGCUUCGAGUGCGGCGAGUGGAGGUGGAAGGCUUGA